AAGACAGGUGAGAAAAGAGGUUGGAAGGUGAAUGUCAUUAGUGGGAUAUCAGGUGUGGGAUGAGCAGAGAUGGAGAUAAUACAGCGAGGGGCAGAAUACAUUUCUUUUCUUUCCCUCCCACCCUGCUGGCAUUUCUCAUACAGGGCACUAGAGACCCCCACUGCUUUUUCUCUAUCGCUCCCCACUCUCCGCUAUCACACAUGGCACCCAGCCCUCCUCCCCCUCACUCACACUUCCCAGAUGGAUUACAGCCUCAUAGGCUCUGACAAGAAGAUCUCCUCUCCUUGCUUUCAUCUUGCACCGUAUCCCAUGGGCUGGAGGUUCCCGGACUGCCCCACUCUUUUCCUCUCCAUAUCCUGCCUCUGGAUGACAGUAAUGGCCUCCUACUCUAAGCACAACGUUCAGAUACCGGACCUGUCUCCUCUGUGGCCUCCGCACUAUCAGUAUUUCACAGAUGGUAAUCGGCUCCCAGUCAUCUCCGGAGGCACCUGUCGGGUGGUGUCUGCCCAUCGUUGCUGCAACAGGAACCGUAUUGAGGAGCGAUCACAGACGGUGCAAUGUUCCUGCCUGCCUGGGAAGGUGGCCGGGACCACCAGGGACAAACCAUCCUGUGUGGACGCUUCCAUUGUGAUGGGGAAAUGGUGGUGCGAUAUGGAGCCCUGCCUACAGGAGGAGGAAUGUCAGACGCUGCCUGACAACUCUGGAUGGAUCUGUUUCCAGGGAGGGCGCAUCAAGACCACUAAGAUUCACCCCCGAUACUGAACUCUUAGGAGAAAUUCCUGCGGAUUGAUUGUAUGCCUCCCCCACACCAUAUAGAGGUUCAAGAUCCCCGUAGCACAGGCACCAUGGUCAUGUGACCCCCCCCUUCGGGACAGAGGUGAAAGUGCGGCAUGGAGUAAUGGAGUCUGAUGGCCUACGGCAGGUUCUCAGUAAUGCUUUUCUAUUAAUAAAUGGCCAAUGUGAAAGCACCUGUUAAAUAAUGUAAUUAUGCGUGUAAGUACUUGAAAUAAUCACUACAAAACUAUACACAACUCAAGGCCUC